AUGAAAAGCGAAAUUCCAGAAGUUCCAAUUAUACAGGAAGUCGAAUGUUUGCUUUCACUAGUCGAACAAUUUAAAGAUAUCCUUGAAAAUAAGGAGACAGACAUGGUUACAUGGAAAUUAAAAGAAAAGGCGUGGGUUAAUCUAAGUGAAAAUUUUAAUUCAAUGUGGUUCCCAACGAGAGCUCCUAGACAACUUCGCGAAAAGUGGAGUAACAUAAAAAAGUACUCAUUUAAAAAAAAUGAAUUGUAUAAAACUGGUGGCGGUAAUCCACAAGUUUGUAUGAUUACGCAGAAGGAUGAGCGAGUAAAAGAACUAAUUGGUGUAGCGGUAACUGGGCUGGAAAACGAUUAUGACGAUGACAGCCAUGUACAUAAUUCGGAGCAGUUGAUAUCAGGCAAUAUUGAUGAAACUUGGGCUACAUGGAAUCCUCAAUCACUAAGAAAACCGGUAAGCGAACAGCUCUCAGUUGUCGAAACACAACCACAAAACUCUGGCCCGACUUGGUCUGCUAUGCAGAUAACGCUACAACAUUUAGAGAAGUUAAUGAAACAAAAAAGUGAAGCUGGUUCAAAAAAAUGUAUAAAAGUGACUCCAAACCAAUUGGGCAUUGCUAGCACUAGUGGGUUUCAAUCUCAAAUGCUGAGACUGGUUCAUUCUGAAAUUGCCAGCAAUCAAAUUGAAGAAACAAAUAAUGAUGGAAGCACUGCCAGAAAGUUUAAAAAGAACGCAUCAAACAAUCAAUUGUAUAAAAAGGUGAAAAUUAAUUGUCUGUCCGAGGCAAAAUUGGAAUUGAUCAAAAUCCAACAACAGUGUCUUAUAAAUGAAGAAAGAAGGAAAGAAGAGGAACACACAUUGGAAAUAAGUCAAAUGAAGGCUGAACACGAAAUGAGAAUUAAGAAAUUUCAUUAUGAAGUGGAAAUUUUAAAAAGAAACUUAGAAUAG